UUACAUUCGUCAGACAUUCCGUGACGUACGUCUCUGGAUUGUUCCAUUUAAACGUUUAUCAGACAUCCUAAAAAGUGAAAUUUUUCGUUGAAAACUUGUGAAAAGCGGGCGAAAAUGUCGCUAAACACGGCCCACGUGAACAACGGGGUCCUGAUACACGCCGGCGAACAAAUUUUGCUGUUCUCCGAUCAUGUAAACAUGGAAUGGUCGGGCAACGACGCCACCGCAUUCAGAGGGAAAAAGAACGGCAGAAUCUUUUUGACCACCCACCGGGUCAUUUUUAAUAACAACCACUCGGGAGAUGAGAUGCAAAGUUUCAGCUUACCAUUCGUUACUCUCAGCGAUGUGCAGAUAGAGCAGCCUGUCUUCGGGGCAAAUUACAUAAAAGGGAAAGUUAGGGCACAACCUAAUGGCAACUGGGUGGGAGAAGCUAAAUUUAAGAUGUUUUUUACUCAUGGUGGGGCAAUUGAGUUUGGCCAGGCAUUGUUGAAAGCGGCACAUUAUGCAAUUAACGAGGAUUUAUCAGGGAGGAAAAGGAAAAGAAGGUCUCAAGAUCUUUUUAAUUUCGGGGGAUAUUUAAAAGGUCUAAGAAAUGGACCAAUGGAAACUCGAGAGACUCCACCACCUUAUAUGCCACCACAACAGCAAUGGUAUGCUGCCCCACCGCCAGCCUAUGCCCCGCCCCCACAAGGUUAUUAUGGAUGGGUUCCACCGACUAACGUAUUCCCCCAGCAACCGCCCAGGGAUGGGGUGUUUAUGACCGAUUCGCCCCCACCGUAUCCGGGCAUAAACCCGGGGGGCGCGGCAAACGGUUACGGACCCCCGCCCGGUUACGGGGGCGCCGCUGGGGGAGGGUUCGCGCCCCCGGGACCGUCGGCCGGAUGGGUCGGAAUGCCGGGAGCUGAUGCAAAAGCAGCCGAAGCUGCCCGAUCAGCAGGCGCCACUCAAUCGGCUUAUUAUGAUCCGGAUAGACCACAUACGGCUUAUGUACCGCCACCGGCAUAUUACGAAAACCCUCCGAGUUAUAACCAGGCGAUGCAUAAGAAAAAAGAUUAAUAAUACCAAAUUUACCAAACAAUAUUGCCUUCUAUAUUUAGAUUAUUCAUUGUUAUAUGUAGUAAAAGCAUAAUAUUAUAUUAUUUACAAUAUUCUUCUUCUUGCUUACUUGAGCUGAGAUUGAACCGCUAUACGGAAAUUUUAUUGAAUAGUUUUUAGUUUAAGUGUGAAAUUAUUGUCUAAAUUAUUAUUAUUAAUGUGGGCUCUAAGCAUUCCUGUAUUAUCUAACGUUUAAUUAAAACAAAUUAUUUUAUAUGUUAGUUAUAAAUAAACUGCUUUAAAAGUA